AAUUGAUUUGAUCAACUUUAUGGUAAGAUGAAAUGUGGUUGUAAAUGAGACUUUGUUGUAAACCAAAAGAUGACAGUAAAUCGGAGUUCCUCAAUCAUAUUUGUUAAAGCCAAGUUGACGUUUGGACAAGGUCUCUGGGCUUUGAAGUCCCCCAAUUGACCGACAUCCAGAACUGAAAUAGACAGACGGCCGUGUGUGAGAAGUGAGGAGGAGAGGGGGCUCCUCUCUCUCUCUCUGUCGCCCAGACUCCCAUCACUAUGAGCUGGAGUUUCCUGACACGCCUGCUGGAGGAAAUCCACAACCACUCUACCUUCGUGGGCAAGAUCUGGCUUACCGUGCUCAUCGUCUUCCGCAUCGUCCUUACCGCCGUGGGCGGCGAGUCCAUCUACUACGACGAACAGAGCAAGUUUGUGUGUAACUCAGGCCAGCCGGGGUGCGAGAACGUCUGCUAUGACGCAUUCGCACCGCUCUCACACGUCCGCUUCUGGGUCUUUCAGAUCAUCCUGGUGGCUACGCCGUCGCUCAUGUACCUGGGCUACGCAGUCAACAAGAUUGCUAGGCGUGAGGAGAGAGCUGAGGGUGGAGGAGGGGGAGGUGGGGGAGGAGGACUGUCCCAGCGCAAGCCCAGGAAGCUCUACCUCGGGGCCAGAAGGCAACACCGGGGCAUGGAGGAGGCCGAGGAUGACCAGGAGGAGGACCCCAUGAUCUAUGAGGUUCCCGAGGUGGAGAGUGAGACGGGGGGAGGCGACGGGGGAGGAGGUGGUGGUGGCGGAGGAGCUGUAGGCGGCGGGUGCCAGGGUAAAGGCAAGGUGCGCCAUGACGGACGCCAGCGCAUCAAGGAGGACGGGCUGAUGCGGAUCUACGUGCUGCAGCUGCUGGCACGCUCCAUGCUGGAGGUGGCCUUUCUGGGGGGACAGUACGCCCUCUACGGCCUGGCGGUGCCCUCCAUCUACGUGUGCUCGGGCCGGCCGUGCCCGCACAGUGUGGACUGCUUUGUGUCACGCCCCACCGAGAAGACCAUCUUCCUGCUCAUCAUGUACGCCGUGUCGCUGCUCUGCUUGGCACUCAAUGUGUGGGAGAUGCUCCACCUGGGCGUUGGUACCAUCUGCGACAUCCUGCGCUCCCGCCGCGGACCGCGCUCCGAGGAGGACCUGUACGGCCUGCGGGGUGGCGGGGGUCCCGGGGGGCCGCCCACGUUCCACGACGGAGGAGGAGGAGUGGGGGGCGAUGGUUACAGCAGCUACCCCUACUCCUGGAACGCCCCGUCAGCGCCGCCGGGCUACAACAUCGCCGUCAAGCCCCCAACACUGAUGGCGCCAACUGUGGCGCCCGAUGGGCAGCUGCCCUUCACCGACCUGAGCAACGCCAAGAUGGCGUGCCGGCAGAAUCGCGCCAACAUCGCCCAGGAGGAGCGGCGGCAGUACGCCAGCAAUGAGGAUAACUUCCCAUCGUCAGGUGGCGUGAGGGACGCUCGUGGCGCCCUCCAGAGGGAGAUUCGGCAGGCGCAGGACCGGUUGGAGGUGGCCAUCCAGGCCUACAGCCAGGAACAGGGCCACAGCAACCCCGGCAAGCCCCACCGUGAUCGCAAGCACCGGCAAGCCUCCAAGCACACCUCCAGCAAGGCCGAAAGGGGAAGCAGCAGCAAUAGCAGCAGCAAGUCGGGCGAGGGCAAGGGCUCCGAGUGGAUCUGACAUCUACAAUAGAUCAUUCUUAAAGCGGACUUAGUAUUUAGCUCCUAAAGACAUAACUGACGCUAGUGCCCCCUGGAGACAGGCUGAAAUUAGUUUGUAACUUGAAGUUUGUAACAUCCCUAAAUGCAAAUGAGGUAAUCAAUGUCAGCUGUACCUAAUGUUACAACUGUCAGCUGUACCUAAUGUAAGAAAAGAAAAAAAUCUAUGUUUCAUUAAUUUGUUGGACUUCCUAAGGUUUUAUAAGUAAUGCUAUGUUAAAAAGCAAUAAAGGAAAAGACACAGUAAUAUUUUAUUUUGAAAUGUGUAUCGGUAUAAAUAUGCCAUAGGUCGGUGCUAUGACGUUAUCUUUGCUUCCACAAAGAAAUGGGAGACUUCUAAGCCGCAUCCUUAGAAGAACUAUCUGAAGUGCCUUCUUACUACACCAAGAAAAAUAUUGUGCGUGUAAAAAGUGUGCUUCCCUUGCCAAACUGCUCACAAGAUGGACGCUUGUAUGUGAAAUGUUGCCAUAGUAAAGAGAUUUGUGGGUCACUACUGUUACCAAGAACUGGAGUCAGAGUUUUUUUCUGUCUUUCUAUCCACCUGUCUCUUUAAUGGCUCUUGGGCUUCAUCUGGUGGUCAAAGCCAUGAACAGUUCAGAUUUUUUAUUAGCCUACAGUGUAGGCCUGCGUUACUGCUUAAAAUAUGCAGUUUGAAUUAUUAUUUUUUUCAUUGUAUUUCAGUGUGAAGUGUUCCAGGAGAAGGCAUUGAAGGAACCCUUUAACCGUUGAAAGACCAGUCAGUAUUUUACAAGGAACUAUUUCAUGGUUGCUCCAUUGUAUGUGUGAGGAAUACUCUAGAGAGCAUACUAUAGAGAGGGAGAACAUUUGACAACAAUUGUUUCUAUUUUCAUAAUGUGUACAAUAUUGUUGUUCCGUUUUUAUUGUGUUUGGGAGAGACAAUUAAGCAGCACUUUGAUUGGUUCAGUUACUGUAUGUUUUUAUAUUAAUGUUCUUCAUUUCCUCAGUUGAUGACAAUGUUCCACAGAAGAAGAAAAAGAUAACAAUCUAUUUUCAGUGUUGCUGAAGCUGUAUGGAAAGGCUGCUUCAAUGUAUUGAUUCAAGGGACAUUACACACUCCAAAAUCAAAGUUUGUCAGAUGCUAAAAUUGUUAUUUUGGUCUCCACGUCCCAGGCCCAUCUGUUUUUGUAGAUGUACAGUAGCUAUUUGCCACAAUCCAAAAAUAAUGAAAACAUUUGGCAUGGCACCAUGUCAUUUUCAGAUUUGCGGUGCUUAUCUUUUCCAUUCAUUUUGGGCGUGGAAUGUUUACUCAUCUUGACAUUAGGCUACUUUUGUAGUCUGAAAACAUCUGUAUUUUAUUUUAAUUUUAGAGUGGAAUGUCCCUUUAACAUGUUUUUACAUUGAGGUCAGGUCAUGGUGUGUCAUCUAGUCAGCCUCAUUUCCCUACUAUCGAUGGUGUGUGUUCGCCUGAUGUUCUGGUGCUUGUGUAUCUCAAACCAGAGACUGUAGGUAUUUAAUUUUUGGGGUGAAUUGGGUGAAGAAACAACUAUCAUUUGUAGUGACAUCCUUUUUGUGUUCGAGCAUGUAUGCCAAAACAUACCACUACAUGUGGGUGGGAAAUAAGAGAAGGAUACCUGUCUUGGCUACUUUUUUUGUAUUAGCUAUAUGUUUAUUUUACUUACAUUUUUUCCUAAUUCAAAUGUUAAAGUGGAAAGCUGAGAGCCCUUGCACUGUGCCAAUAUUUCCCUUUUGGGAAAUCAUUUUGUGCAAAAAAAGAAAGUGCAUGUUCUGAAUCAUUUUUUAUAAAGGGAGUAUGAAUAAACACAAAGUUUCAAAUGUU